GCAGGGCAAAGGCGGGGGCUGGGGGUCGGGGGGAGGCGGCGGCUGCGCGAGGACUCCGCAUCCCGACAGUCGCCGAGGAACUGGUCUAAUUACUUCAAGCCUCCAGGAUGGCGAUCCAAUUCCGUUCACUUUUCCCCUUGGCACUGCCCGGAAUGCUGGCCCUCCUCGGCUGGUGGUGGUUUUUCUCUCGUAAAAAAGACCCCAUCGGCAGCCACAACAAACAGGUGGAGGCCAGCACCGUGGAGCUGAGGGCCAGCCCUGCCACCGAGGAACCGCUCCCUAGGGAGGACACCUGUCCUGGAGUCGCGGCCAUGCCCCCUGGCCUCACCCAGCCACCAGAAAAGGAGCCGACCCCCGCCAGCAAGCCCUCCGCGGAGCCGUCAGCCCUGCUGCGGGCUCAUGCCGCCCGCCAGAGAUCAGAGUCCUCUGGCAGCCUUCUGAACAGCACGGACACGAGAUUUCGACCAGGAGCACUUACAGAGGACAGUGCAAGGGUGGAGCUAGCCCUGGCGGGCGACGAAGCCAAGCCUGUUCCCCUAGAGUGUCCCCUGCCAUCCCCAAAGGGCAUCCCGUUUCCCCACGAGGCGGUUGAGGAGUGUAAGCAAGAGUCGGCGCUGGCCAGGACGGUGGAGCGGGGCCGGCAGGGCCAGUCCGCGGCCCCCGUGGAGCCACCCAGCCCUGGGGAGAAGGCCAGGGAGAUGGGCGGGGCCGAGGGCACUGGCGACGCGGUGCUGGGAGAAAAUAGGCUGGAAGAAGGUUCGUUGUCCCAGGAGCCGGGCCCCGAGCUGCAGAGCAGCAGGCCACCCGGCCUGGCUCCCUUGGGAGGAGACGGAGAGCGGGGGAGGAGCAGCCCGCCGGCGGUGGACCAGGAGGCUGUGGGGAAGUUGCUGAGUGGCUUCGUGGAGUCCGCCCAUGUGGAGCUGGCCACGGCCGACGGGCCCGCGGCACCCCGGGUCCGAGGCGGCAGAGCCUGCCAUGGAGAUGUCCCGCGGGAGCUCGGCCGAGAAGAGACCCUGGACAGAAAUGAGAAGAUUGAGCAGGCCGCCUUCCAGAUCAUCUCCAAAGUGAUCUUGGAAGCCACCGAGGAGGUGCUGGCCACCACGAUGGGCAGGAUCACCGAUCGAAUCUAUCAGGCCUCGGCAGGUCAGCUCCAGGAGAAGAAGGAGGAGGAGAGCUGUGCCCUGGCCAGCCAGAAAACUGCGCGGGGCCACGAUGCCUCGGAGCCCGCUCUGGCCACAGCGGAGGCAGCUGUGGGCCGGGCAGACGCCGUCCUCCCUGCCGCAGACCUGCCGGCAGGAGACUUGCCACCACCAAAGACCUAUGUGAGCUGCCUGACCAGCCCUCUGUCCAGCCCCACCAAGGACAGGAAACCAAAGAACUCCGCAUACCACAUGUCCCUGGCCCCCUGUCCCCCACCGGCCGCCCCCCUCGGAGAGGCGCCGGACGAGGCAGGCGUCCUGGGGGAAGAUGCCGCCUGUGUCACCUGCGUGUCCAAUACCAGCCAGGGUGUCCCCUCAGUGGCCUCCUCUGGGCAGUGCUCAGAUUCAAUCAGCACGUCGGGGCUCGAAGACUCUUGUCCAGAGACCACCUCCAGCCCCAGGGACAAGGCCCUCACCCCGCCGCUGCCAGAAAGUGCUAUGCCCUUCAGCAAUGGGGUGCUGAAGGGGGAGCUGUCGGACUUGGGGACUGAGGAUGGAUGGACCGUGGACGUGGAAGCAGAUCAUUCGGGAGGUUCGGACGGGAACAGCAUGGAUUCGGUGGAUGGCUGCUGUGGCCCCCGGAAGCCCGACGGUUUCCAGAAUGCCCAGGCGGGCUCCAAUCCCAAGAAGGUCGACCUCAUCAUCUGGGAGAUCGAGGUGCCAAAGCACCUCGUUGGUCGGCUGAUUGGCAAGCAGGGACGGUAUGUGAGUUUCCUGAAGCAGACGUCUGGUGCCAAGAUCUACAUCUCCACCCUGCCUUACACCCAGAACAUCCAGAUCUGCCACAUAGAAGGUUCUCAGCAUCAUGUAGACAAGGCGCUGAACUUGAUUGGGAAGAAGUUCAAGGAACUGAACCUCACCAACAUCUACGCCCCCCCACUGCCCUCACUGGCACUGCCUUCUCUUCCAAUGACUUCCUGGCUCAUGCUCCCGGAUGGCAUCACCGUGGAGGUGAUCGUGGUCAACCAGGUCAAUGCUGGGCACCUGUUUGUGCAGCAGCACACGCAUCCCACCUUCCAUGCUCUGCGCAGCCUGGACCAGCAGAUGUACCUCUGCUACUCCCAGCCUGGGAUCCCUACCUUGCCCACCCCAGUAGAAAUAACGGUCAUUUGUGCUGCCCCGGGCGUGGACGGUGCCUGGUGGCGAGCCCAAGUGGUGGCCUCCUACGAGGAGACCAACGAAGUGGAGAUUCGCUACGUUGACUACGGUGGAUACAAGAGAGUGAAAGUAGAUGUGCUCCGGCAGAUUCGGUCUGACUUUGUGACCUUGCCGUUCCAGGGAGCAGAGGUCCUUCUGGACAGCGUGAUGCCCCUGUCAGAUGAUGACCACUUCUCCCCCGAAGCGGAUGCAGCUAUGAGCGAGAUGACAGGAAACACAGCACUGCUGGCUCAGGUGACGAGUUACAGCCCCACCGGCCUUCCUCUGAUUCAGCUCUGGAGUGUGAUUGGAGAUGAAGUGGUGUUGAUAAACCGGUCGCUGGUGGAACGAGGACUUGCUCAGUGGGUGGACAGCUACUAUGCGAGCCUCUGACCCCGUCCCCACGCCACCUCUGGAGAGUUUUUUUGCACUGUUGAAUUUGGGCUUGGCACUCAAGGCGAAGACGUUACGUCAGAAUUAAUGUACAUCAAACAUUGUCCUCCCCAGAGAGUCCUUUCUUUCUCUACUGUGGUCCUGUCGAGCUGUUUUGUCCCUGAGACAAGGAAGGACCUGGGGUUCUUUUCAAAGCCAUGGGGUGGUCUCUAACAGGCCAGUCGGCUUAACCCGGUUGCAAGCUGUUUAAAAAAAAAAUGGAAGAAGAACGCUCUCAACUAGGUUGUCCUGCUUCCCCUCCAUUCGUUCCUCCCUUCUUCUCUUCCCUUCCUAAACCCAGACCCAGACCCAGACCCAGACCCCUGGAGAAGACAGGCCACUAGCUGUGUCGCUUGCUUCGGGGACGGGUUUUUUUUUUGUUUUGUUUUGUUUACCUUCCGGAUCUUUCUUCAGGGAGCAAGACAUGAACUGACCGAUUGGCAUCAAUCGCUUGCAUAACUUAUGAAUGAAUUUAUGUGGUUGAACCCUUUUUUAUAAACUCCAUCUAGGUGUCUUAAGAAGGCAGACUUUUUAAUGCACAUGUAUGUACAUACGAAGCAAUCACACCCCCCGCCUCAGUCCGUGGGGGGGGGGAGCUGUUAUCUCGCCAAGCCUGAUUGUACUUUGUAACCAUUUUCUAUUUGUGCAAACUCUGUAAAUAUGUUUAAAAUUGUAAUAUUUUGUACAAGAUACACUGGAGAACAAAGGGAACUCACGACUUUUCCCACACCCCACGUCAUCUGUGAGCAGAGGCUCCUUGUUCUGGGUACCACUGCCUGUCCCACCUCCCAUCCCUUCCUGUGUACUGGACAGGGUGCCUGUACGGUAUAGGUUGUGAUCCGGGGAUUUUUUUUUUUUUUUUUUGGUCUGUACAAAUUUGUUAAAAAAAAAAAAAAGAAAAAAGCAACUCAUUGAAUUACCUUGCAGUGGUGUGUGUUUGAUUCUUUUAUAGACUGACUUCACCUUUUAUAGAUUGACUUCAGCAUUGUAC